AUGUCCGCACCGGGUCCUGCAGCAUGUGCUGCCUUUGCCGUGGGCUUGGCCCCAGACCUGAAGCAGCGAGUGGAGAUCAUGGCGGAGCACGUGUCCAAGAACGGGCCGGAGUUCGAGAACACUGUGCGGAGCAAGAACGCCCAGAAUCCACAGUUCCAGUUCUUGGUGGGUGGGGAGGGCUCCGAGUAUUACCAAGCCCUGCUGCAGUCCCACCCGGGGCAGUCUCAAGCAGCCGCCACCGGAGCUGUUCAGGGAGCCGCAGUGCCGGAGCCAACCAUCUCCAGUCCGUCGGAAGUCGCUGCGCUGAUGGGCCGAUGGCCGACUCCCGAGGUGACUCCCCUGAGCCCAGAUGCAGAAAGGCAGCUGGCCGAGAUCCUCAACUCGCUGGAGCGGGUCUCCUCUCGAGAGGCCAUUUCCCACGGGCGGACCUGGGUGCAGGCCAAUGUUGCCAUGGCCCCGGCCAUUGCUAGCAACAUGAUGAAGCGCGUUGCCUUCCUUUCAAGCUCUCUCCAUCGACUUCACGUGCUGUAUUUGGUGCAUGAGAUCUUCGUCAGCGAGCUGGCCCGCCAAGACGGGGCUCGGCCGCUGAUUUCUGCCUUCAAGCCCUGCCUGGUGUGGAUGGUGCGGCCCACCUUUCAGAUCGCUCGGUCUUCGAUGCCUGACAGCGAAGGCUGUGCUAAGAUUAAGAAGCUCCUGGCUAUGUGGCUGGACAAGGGCAUCCUCACCAUUCGAGAGACUGAAGAGAUCACGGCACUAAUGACAGCUUCGGACUUACCAGCACCACCACCUCAAACAGGCAGGCUGAUGCAGCAGGUGGGAGCACAGAUGGGUGUGUCCUUCUCGCCGGCACAGAGCAGUGGUCUGGUCGGCAGCAUUCUCGGUGCACUGCAACAGGUUCCGCAACACGUGCCCCAGCAGCUGCCCAACCAGCAGGGAAUGCAGCCACAGCCGGGUUUUCAAAACUUUCCUCUGCAGGCAGCCCAGCAGAUGCAGCAUGCGCAGGCAGUUCCUCAGCAGAUGCCGACGCCGAUGCUGCAACAGCACAUGGCGCCGAUCCCUGGGCACAUCCCGAAACCACCAGCGCCGCUGCCAGCACCAUCACCUGCUUUAGCACAAGAAGCUGCUUUACGGCCAGUUCAGCAAGGGCAGGGCGGACAGGGUCCACCAGGUAUGCAGCUCGCCCUUGCAUCUGGUUCCUUGGCUCUGAGUGGCCAGAACUCUGAGACGCCGGAGUCCGUGCCUGUGGGGGUCAUGUCCUCCAUGCUGAAGCAGGUCUCGCGUCGCGGUAAGGAUCUUCAUGCUGCUUUCGUGCCAUAUCGACCACUGGAUCCAUUCUACACGCCGCAGACGCUGCCCCUGACAUCGCCCCCUUCAGGUCGACUGCUGGAUAGGUUGGCCCAGUUCUAUCGAGUCGUUGGCGAUUCUGCCAAGGUGCCAGAAAGGAGCCGGUCCCCACAGCGCGCCGGCGGCGCGGCUGUGCCACCGCCACCGCUGGAUUGA